CCCUUGCAACCCCCCCCCGAUUUAUCCACCGCCCAAUUUAUAAGAUCUCGGCCCAUGCAAAGCUAAACAAUAAAUGACCGAUCUCUAUCGCUUUUCGGCGUAGGAAGUUGCCCGCACUGACUUGUGUGUCCACAUAGGGUGAUAGAGAAAGAGAGAAAGAGAGAAAGAGACGAAGAGAUAAAGCCGCAGACCCAGGGACCCAGAGACCCAGAGAGACCCAAAGAGCGACAGAAAUCAAUCGUUGCGCUGCCCUGUACAUAACGACGUCGUUUGUUCUCCACCACCAUUUGCUCUGAUCCGAUCCAAUCCCGCCUCUCAAUCCAAACAAUUCCAGUGGCAAACGCAUGCCAUUGCGACCGCAGGCGCCUGGGCGAUGACUUUUCGAAAUUAAACAUGAUCCAGACACAGUGCGACGGCAUCAGAGCGUCAUCAAGCUGGAAUAGUUCUGCACCGAGUGGCGCCCCACCAGGAAUCGACCCGGCCACCCGACGUAUACACACAUUCUCACCACAACGAGACACACUUCGAAAGCCAUAGCCGCGGGGUUUAUGGGCGCCGCAACAGGGCCACCGCAUCGACUCGAGAAAUCUCGACGGCCGACGCCCAAUGCUGGCAGCGCCGUAGCCAUGGAGAACGGGCAGCCACAGAUGAACGGGAUGGGGAGCGGGCCCUUUAUGGAUGUGACAUAUCCAUUUUACGACCUACUGGGCUUCGAUACAAACGGGCUAGCGGGGGCAAAGAUGGAAGAUGACGAAGAUAUGCAAGCGUCGCUACGAAGCGGCACAGACGAAAUAAUACAGGAAGAACACGAUAACGAGUAUACCACUCCCAAAAUGGAGGAGUCGGCGGAUCACAAUGGCAGCCAGGGGAUGUCAGGUGGCGAGAGCCCUGAGGGCAGCCGGGCGCGCGGAACCUCGGCGCCAGACACCUACGACGAGUUCGGGCUCAACGAUACGGGAGCCGGGGAUGGCACCGACCUAGGCAAGCCCAAGGAGGACAAGAACGAGACGCCCGCCUGGACAGAGCUGAAGACCAAGGCAGGGAAGGAGCGCAAACGGCUACCGCUGGCGUGUAUAGCCUGUCGACGCAAGAAGAUCCGCUGCUCAGGCGAGAAGCCAGCAUGCAAGCACUGUCUGCGCAGCCGCAUCCCCUGCGUCUACAGAGUGACGACUCGCAAAGCGGCGCCGCGCACAGAUUACAUGGCCAUGCUGGACAAGCGGCUGAAGCGCAUGGAGGAGCGGAUCAUCCGGAUUAUACCCAAAGACGAGAACGAGUCGGCGACAGUCGUGCGGGCGCAGGUCAAGCCCGCGAUCCCGGGGACGGCGCAGGCGAAGCCGGCGAGUUCGAAGAAGAGGCCGGCGGAGGAGGCGUUUAGGUCUGAGUUGCAGGCCUGGGCUACGUCGGCGAAGGGAGGGGGUAGCGAGGUGCCGGCGUCGCUGGCGGCGCAUGAGGCGAAGGAGACGAAGUUGUUGGUGGAGGGCGCGGGUGCGCUGCCGGAGAAGGAGAUACGGGAGCAUUUGGCGGAGGUCUUCUUUGAUAAUCUGUAUGGGCAGGCGUAUCAUGUUCUCCAUAAACCGAGCUACAUGCGCAAACUCAAAGCCGAUACUCUCCCUCCAGUCCUGAUCCUGACCGUAUGCGCCGUCUCUGCUCGAUUCUCGACACACCCAAAAGUCAAUUCCCAACCUGCCUUCCUACGAGGCAAAUCCUGGGCCGCCGAAGCGCGCAACAUAGUCCUGAAGCGAUAUGAGUGGCCUAAUAUCACAAUCCUGACGUGCCUCCUGCUGCUGGGGCUCCAUGAGUUCGGGACUUGUUACGGAGGCCGCAGCUGGGCGCUGGGUGGAAUGGCGAUCCGCAUGGCGUACGCGCUGCAGCUGCACCGCGACCUAGAGCACGACCCAUGCAAGCCGCACUCACGCGUGCGACUGAGCUUUGUGGAUCGAGAGAUUCGGCGCCGCACCAUGUGGGCGUGUUUUCUGAUGGAUCGGUUUAACUCGUCCGGCACGGACAGGCCGAUGUUUAUCAAGGAGGAGACCAUCAUGGUGCAGUUACCAAUUAAGGAGGAUCUGUUCCAGCUAGAUAUCGAAGGGCCGACAGAGGAUAUGAAGGGUGAUGUGCCCUUUCCAUCGGCCGGAGGCGACGGCGAGCUCUCCAACGCCCGCGACAACAUGGGCGUCGCCGCCUUCACAAUCCGCUCCAUCGCUCUCUGGGGCCGCAUCAUAAUCUACUACUUCCAAGGCGGACGCGACGGCGACCCCGCCCCCAUCUGGGCCUCGGACUCCGAGUUCGCCGACCUCCGCAUCCAAUCCGAAGCAUUCGAGCGCUCCCUUCCCGACCUCCUCCAAUACACCCCCGCCAACCUCAGCGCGCACGAGACACAGGGCCUCGGUAACCAAUUCCUCUUCCUCCACAUCACCGUCCAACAAACCGUCCUCCUCCUCGCCCACAACGCAGUCCACUGCUCCGUCCCCGGCCCGCCCCGGCCCGCCCCGCCAGCGGAAUUCAUCGAAUCCACCGUCGCAGCCGCCACGGGCGCCGCGCAGCGCAUCUCUGCGCUCCUCCGCGUCGCUGAGGCGUACCCGCUCACCGCCCCGUUCGCGGGAUACUGCGCUUUCCUCUCCAGCACCGCGCAGAUGCCGCUCGCGUUCUCAAAGGAUGAGGCUGUUGCUAGCCUCGCGAAACGCAAUCUCGCUACUAAUGUACGAUAUCUCACGAAGAUGAAGCGCGGAUGGGGUGUAUUUCACUGGACUUCGGAACAGCUUAAGAAGCAAUUCAAGACGUGUGCGUUUGCUGCUAAGCGCGGGGGGGGCGCGGGGGGGCCGGGUGUGGUUAGUCAGUACGGGGAUUGGUUUGAUCGGUAUCCGCAUGGUGUGUCGCAGGGGGAUUUUGAGGAGGUGGCUAGGCCGAGUGGGGAGAGUGGUGAGGAUGCGGUAUUAGAGCCAAAGGGGGGGUUGAGGACGGUAGAGGAGUUCGUGCAUAGUAUACCCCCGGCUGCUACUGCGUCGGUGCAGGAGGGGCCGAAACAGAGUAAACGGAAGAAGAAGCCCACGCCGCCGCAGCAGCAGCAGCAGCAACAGCAACAACCUCCACCACCGACGACCCAACCUCAACAACCGCAACCUCAGCAGCAAAUCUCAUCACACCCCCACCACCAAGGCUCACUACCCACGCACCGGCCACAACCACACCCCCUCCACAUCCCCCAACAACACGCCGCACACGCACAACAACAACAACAACAACAAAUGUCCCCCCACCCCAUCUCCCACUCGCCCCACCUCCUCUCACACCCGCACCCGCACCAGCAACACCAACACCAACACCAACACCAACACCAACACCAACACCAACACCAACACCAACAACAACACCACCCGCAACAACCUCACCAACAACCCCAGCAACAACAACAAACCUACCCACACACCCCCUCCCCCGCCUUCCCCCACAACCCAACUCCCUUCUACCACACCCCCUUCCCCCCAGACAUAAUGCCCAACCUAGACGCGCACCUCGUCUUCAGCGCCUACAACGCGCCCGCAGCACAACGGGGCGGGCCGUCUCCCUCCCCCGGCGCCGGGGCUGGGAUGUGGUCGCCUGUCGGGAUGGAGGGUUUGGAUCCUGGGAUGGCCACUCCUGGCCAGCAGGGGCAGGGUGUACAGGGAGGAAGAGGUGGUGGUGGUGGUGGUUGGAUAGGAAUUGGGGGGCAGCAAGGGUGGAUGGCGCAUCAGCAGACGAGCGCAUGGUUUAUGCCUUUUAAUAUGGCGCCGCCGGAUGGUGGCGGGGGAGGGGAGGAGGCGUUUUUGGGGCUGGGAUUGGGGCUGGGUGGGGGUUGGGGGGGUUAUGGAGGGGGAGGAGGGGGGUUUGAGGGGGGAUGA